AAACGACCGUAGGAGCAAGUAUGAACACGAACAAAAGUAUUUCUGUCGGCAUAGAUCAAAAAUUCGAAGUGACCUCCUAGUCGUAGAGGCAGAGCCAUUUAAGUUUCUUGCCAAGUGUUACUUUGACUCAGCAUCGUCAUUCAAAAUGCCGAUGCAAUCCCGUUUCGAGCGACGGCGCAAAGACCGCGCCCGGAUACUCGACAUUUGCUCCCGUAUCGCGGACAAAGUCGUCGCAGAAAGUGGAGUCGAGGUUUCCCUGCACAAGAAGCCGACAGCAGGUGCGGUUGGUGAUGGGCUUGCUGUACAUCGACAUCAAGAGCUGCAUGAUGGAAUCGCUCUCACAUUUCCCACUUCUACAGGUGGCACAACCGAUCAUGCUACUUCUGGCACCUCAUUGCCCCACCUGCCUCCAGUGAGUGCCGUCAUGGUGGACAAGGAACGCGACAGGACGAACUUGAGCACAGCAAGUCCCUGCACCACUAUGUCCUCGCCCAGCAGCCCUUCUUCAAGCGGAACUACAAAAGAUGAAUCUAAAAACUCCUUCUGGGCGACCGUUCCCGCAGCGUUAAAUCCGGCUUCUGAACUCUGCGCCCUGCAGAAAAAAACCGGUCGCGCAGAACGGAAGCAGCAACAGCUGGAGAGCGUUAUAACGAGCGCUGUUUUUCCGGUUGUGGAGCAUGUCUUGCAGCAUCAAGCAUCAAGAAAGAUAUUACCGAGCAACGCAACAUUGAGAGGAGGAGCAGAGGAUGUAGUUGAUACAGCUGCAACUGAGAAGAUUAUUGCUACAGGCUCCUCUAUACAACGUAUGAAGAAGCCCUCAUCUACAACCACAGCACCGCUCCACAUCGUCGAUUUUUGCGCUGGGAGCGGCCACGUCGGUUUGCUCGUCGCGCAUUUUUUCGGGCCGGACAAGGUUCAAGUGACCUGUGUGGACCGGUGUCCAGGGAAGUGCGAAAUGGGGAACAACCGGGCUAAAGACGCUGGGCUGACGAACGCGAAAUUUGUGCGCAAAAGCUUAGAAGAGUGUGGAAUUGGGCGAGACGAUGACAGUGAAAUAAAAUUGAAACAACACGAAACAGCAAGCGCAACAACUACCAUCGAGCAAGACGUAUUCAAAUUUGACGUCGCUCUCUCCCUGCACAGUUGCGGGCUGCUCACGGAUGCGAUUCUGAAGAUGUGUACCGAGCAAAAAGCCUCUUUCGUCCUCGUCCCCUGUUGCUACGGGCAGUUGUGCGGAAAGGAGCGCCUGUUUUACUCCAAGCUGUUCGGGUUGGACGCCGUGCCCAGGCCGCAGAGCCGGUUUUUCCAGAACAGAAACUGGUGGGGGGAGAAGGUAUUUGCAGGGACUUCUACAACAACUUCUGCUCUCGAGGGCACGACCAACGACCCGCUCAAGACUGAAGAUCAUUCGGCGGACGACUCGAUGCUCAUGUGCACGCCGGCGACCACCGCAGACGAAAGCGGAGAAACUACGCCAGACCCAGACGUCGAGAGUGACGACGAUCAUGGGUCCUUAGAUGCUCCACUUCACGAGAGUGCAAAAGAGGAUGACGGCCUCUCAACGCCGCGCAAGCUCCUGCAGGAGAGAAAUGCCGCUCGAUCUGCGCAGCAGGGGAGGACAACCCGCGACGCAUUUCGACCCCUCAUUCCCCGUAACGACCUGGAUUUCUUUCGAAACAAAAUUAUACUUUCUCAACAACACAACGCCUCGAGCAUUAAAGCGAAAACGACAUCUUCGAGCAGAAUAAAGGCCCAGCAACUCCCCGGAGGCGAUUUGGCAGACCAGAUGAAGGAUAUGAAUUUGGAAGAGUUUGUCAGAACACCACCACCAGCACCUGAGACGACUGCUCCAGUAGUUUCUAAUGCGGAGGAGACAUCGGAAGAUGCGUCUGGCUCUGGUGUGAUGAUGCAGACCACCGGUUUCCAAUCUGAGACGAGUGAGAAUUGCCUCGUCCACGAGAACGAUUUCUGGUCCCAGAUUUUGGUUUCUGCGGAAAUCGACGUGGUGGGGAACCAGAGCAACUGGCAGGACGAAAACUUCGAGAACAAUUUGAAGUUUCAACAAGUGAAAAAGUGCAUGCAGGCCUGCGACGUGGACCGUUUGCGCAGGGUGAGGGAAAAAUGCCCCGACUUGUAUGAUGUGCGACUGACCUCUUUGUACCCCUUGAACUGUACCCCCAAAAAUGAGGUUUUGGUCGGCAAAAGGAGGUUUGUUUGAAAGAAAGUGGACAACCUUACAAACCACCAUUGUUUGAAAGCGACAAAUAUUUGAACAUGAAGUUGAAGAUCUAUUUUGCGACACUUACAUUCAUUACUUCCUCCUAGCAUUUUUCCCCCGUGCUUCAAAUGCAUGGCCGAAAGUUUCAAGAUGUGACAU